GGAUUACGUUUCUUGUGGAGGGCCUAUCUGCAGAAGGGGAUCUGAUCUCUUGGUCAAGAAAAAAAAGGGGAUCCGAUCUCCGAGCCGCAACCCUACCUGACCUGUCACCGUGCCGGCCGGCGAGGUCACGCCCCUCCUCCGGCCACCGCCCCUCCCCUCCGUUCCCGUCGCGUGUUGAUUUCUCGGGUGUGGUAUUCAGGGCCGAGGCACCGGCCUCCGGCGUCAUGGGGUUCCUCGAGGACUUCCAGGCCAGUGUUGAAGCAUUGCCAGCUAUGCUGCACAAGAAUUAUUCAUUAAUGCGAGAGCUCGAUAAAAGCUUGCAAGGUGUGCAACUGGAAAAUGAGCAGCGCUGUCAACAAGAAAUAGAGGACAUUAAGCAUGGACUUGAAUCUGGAAGUAUUACGUAUGAGCCAGCAAAACUUAAAUUUUCGGAUGAAGCAAUGGAGGAGCAAAAACAUUGUGUUAGAAUUGCUGAUGAGAAGGUGGCUUUAGCCACACAAACUUAUGACCUGGUUGACGCUCAUAUCCAACAGCUCGAUCAAUUUAUGAGGAAGCUUGAAGAACUUCGGCAAGAAAAAGAGGCAGCUGCAGCCACAGCUGCUGCAGGUUCAGUUGUUGCUGCUACUGUAGCUGCUCCUGCUAGUGCCGGCACCUCAAGGUCCUCAGCUGCUGAUGCUGCUCCCAAAAGUGGAAGAUCUGGAGAAAGGGGCAGAGGAGGUCGAAAGAAGGCUAAGAUACCUAUGGAGCAACCAGCUAUAGAUUUAGAAUUGCCCGUCGAUCCUAAUGAGCCGACAUAUUGCCUCUGCAACCAAGUCAGCUAUGGUGAGAUGGUCGCGUGUGACAACUCCGACUGCAAGAUAGAGUGGUUCCACUUUGGAUGCGUGGGCUUGAAAGAGCAGCCAAAGGGAAAAUGGUAUUGCCCGAACUGCAGCAUGUUCCAGAAGAAGCGGAAAGGGAAAUGAGAUUUGAGGUCCUAGUGCUAGGAGGUAGGCGCCUGGUUGUUCGUGAUGAUCAACAAACAUUUUAUGGCCUCUGUUGUUCUGGGGAAGUAACUGUUGUAGUUUCAGUGACCUUGUACAUGUAACAUUACCGAAGAGUGCAUGUGGGCUGCGGCGUAGAUAUAUGCCCUCGUCUCUUUUGGAACCUGGGGAAUUUCAGUUUCUUCAUGUUAUUUGAAUGAACUGAUUGCUGUGAAAUGACUGCGAUGUUCCUGCAUCCCAGACAGAUGCCCCUGUUGAUCGAUAGGACUAUGCUGUUGCUUGCGCGAAGCAGGCAAUUGUCUAUUUGUGUAACGACUGCAAGUCUGUAAUCAAAUUUGCAUUGGAUCGCAUUGGCUUUUCUAUUA